CGCCCUCCCUCCCUGGUGUCUGCCCCGCGCCCUGCACUUCACCGAGCCUAGCAGGUCCGCGCGGGGUCAGGAACACACCCGGAGAUCGCAGGGACUAGCCUCCUGAUAGAGACGCUCCCGCAGCUCCAUCCCCUGCGUCCGGGGACCCCCUCCCGAGGCUGGCAGCCCGAGGGCUCGAGUACCUCAACCCCCACCACCUCCAGCUUCGCAGUCUCACUGGCUGGGAAGGUGCACACCUCGCACCUCAGUAUCCCAAUUAGGCCCUCUUCCCCUCCUCCCCCUCCGCUAGCCUCCUUCUCCUCCCCUCCCUCUCCUUUCCCCCCUGAAAUCCUGUGGCUCCUAGAGACCUUGGCUUUUCUGGGACUCUACCCCUGGGGCCUGCCCACAUCUGCUCCUGAGUUUGGGGGGCAGAGGGGCAACCGCCCCAAGAAGUGUCUCCAGCGAUGGGAGCCGCCCGCCUGCUGCCCAACCUUACUCUGUGCUUGCAGCUCUUGAUUCUCUGCUGUCAAACACAGGGGGAGAAUCACCCGUCUCCUAAUUUUAACCAGUACGUGAGGGACCAGGGUGCCAUGACUGACCAACUGAGCAGGCGGCAGAUCCGUGAGUACCAGCUCUACAGCCGGACCAGUGGCAAGCACGUGCAGGUCACCGGGCGUCGCAUCUCCGCCACCGCUGAGGACGGCAACAAAUUCGCCAAGCUCAUAGUGGAGACGGAUACGUUCGGCAGCCGGGUCCGGAUCAAGGGGGCAGAGAGCGAGAAGUAUAUCUGUAUGAACAAGAGGGGCAAGCUCAUCGGGAAGCCCAGCGGGAAGAGCAAAGACUGCGUGUUCACCGAGAUCGUGCUGGAGAACAACUACACAGCCUUCCAGAAUGCUCGGCACGAGGGCUGGUUCAUGGCUUUCACUCGGCAGGGCCGGCCCCGCCAGGCCUCCCGAAGCCGCCAGAACCAGCGAGAGGCCCACUUCAUCAAGCGCCUCUACCAGGGCCAGCUGCCGUUCCCCAACCAUGCUGAAAGGCAGAAGCAGUUUGAGUUCGUGGGCUCGGCCCCCACCCGCAGGACCAAGCGCACCCGGAGGCCCCAGCCCCAAACGUAGUCAGGGAAGCCGGGUGUUUGCCUAAACAGCAGCCUUCCCACUCCUUUCCCUAACUGAUCCAAAGAUGGAGCUGGGGUUGAGGGUGGGGAGCUGGACCCCCCAAAAGACCCUGAGGGCCUGAAGCAUCUGAUUCCCAGCUGGGAAGGGACCAGACUGCUGUACCCCAGGGUGGGCAUGGCACACUGAAACAGGCCUUUUGAGGCUAAGGGCAGACAGAUCCCUGGAGAGGACCUAGGGUCUCCCUGACCUCAAAUGCCAGCGUCCCAUGCCUGAAACAAGUGGGCAAGUCAGCAGAAUCCAAGCAGACACUACCCGGAGCUGGCUGUCCCCAAAUCUUCCUCCCAGAAUCUCUUGCUCAGUCUGUCCCCAAUACCCAAACUCCUGACCAGACAAUAAGAAGGGAAUUUUGGUUCUCUUUCCCCAAAUAAGAGAGGGAAAGAUAGAAACCACCAUUCUUCACAUUUCUCACCCCAGACCUGCACCCCCACCCCAAGUCUCAGAA